UAUGCGUCCGAAUCGUCGGUUAAGCUGGUGGUAGGUACGCGGGGGUGGUGUACGGCGGGCACGGACGAUGGGUAACGGCGGGUCGCCACACGGGGCGGUAAUACGGUCUGUUUCGCUGCACGGGAUGUCCGGAUAGUGGUGCGAUGCCGAAGAUGGGGCACUUCGGCACGGCGGUGCCGCUGUUGCUGCUGUUGACUGUAUUAAGAUGUUGCGUGCCGCAGAAGCCCAACACGGACAACAGGAGGCACGACGUCUACAUCGCGGGGUUCUUCCCGUUCGGCCGGGGCGUCGAAAACUCCGACACAGGACGUGGAGUAAUGCCUAGUGUUAAAUUAGCCUUAGAUCACGUAAACGAACAUUCAGCUAUUUUGAGAAACUAUAGACUGCAUAUGUGGUGGAACGACACAAUGUGCAAUGCUGCUGUCGGAGUAAAAGCGUUCUUCGACAUGAUGCACAGCGGGCCCCACAAACUAAUGUUAUUCGGUGCUGCUUGUACCCACGUAACCGACCCAAUAGCUAAAGCUUCAAAGCACUGGCAUCUCACGCAAUUGUCGUACGCGGACACCCACCCGAUGUUCACCAAAGAAAACUUCCCGAAUUUUUUUCGCAUAGUACCGUCGGAGAACGCCUUCAAUCCGCCACGUCUGUCGUUACUGAAGAAGUUCAAUUGGACCAGGGUCGGUACCAUUUACCAGAACGAGCCUAGAUAUUCCUUAGCCCACAACAGACUGGUGGCCGAGUUCGACACCUUGGAGUACGAAGUGGUGGAGACCCAAAGUUUCACCAACGAAGUAACCGCAGCGUUGACGAAGCUAAAGGAGAAAGACACGAGGGUGAUUUUAGGUAACUUCAAUGAGAAAUGGGCCAGGGAGAUCUUCUGCGAGGCCUACAAGCUAGAGAUGUAUGGCAAGAAGUACCAGUGGAUCGUGAUGGGUACCUACACGACCGACUGGUGGAAGAAGUUCGACGUCGACUUCAAUUGUACGCUUGAAGAACUGGAAACUGCACUGGAGCAAACUAUACUAACCGACUUACUACCUCUGUCCACGAGCGGUGAAAUUACUAUAUCCGGAAUCACUGCCGACGAGUACGCGCAGGAGUACGACUCACGCCGAGGCAUCGAGUACUCCCGUUUCCACGGCUACACCUACGACGGAAUAUGGGCGGUUGCCCUGGCCAUCCAGAACGUCGCCCACAAGAUCAAGUACUUCAGACGGAAUCAGACCGUGAACGACUUCAGGUACCGCGACCCGUUGUGGGAGCGUCUCUUCUUGGACGCCCUGCACAACACCAGCUUCGAAGGUGUCACCGGACCGGUACGGUUCUACGAUAACGAGCGUAAGGCGAGCAUUUUGCUGAAGCAGUUCCAGUCGGGGAUUGAGAUCAAAGUUGGGGAGUACAGUGCCGCCACCCAACACCUAGACUUAACCUUGGGGGCGCCACUUAAGUGGAUUGGAAAGCACCCACCCAAAGACAGGACGCUUCGUAUAAUCGAACACACGAGGGUGAACAAAACUGUGUACGCCAUUUUGGCGUCUUUGGCUUGUUGUGGGAUCAUCAUGGCGUCGGUCUUCUUAGGCUUCAAUAUUAAGUACCGGAACCAACGGUACAUUAAAAUGUCCAGUCCUCAACUCAAUAACCUCAUCAUCAUUGGAUGUAUGUUGACCUACACCAGCAUAGUUUUCCUUGGCCUUGACUCAGGAUUAUCCAGCAUAGAGGCUUUUCCGUACAUUUGCACGGCAAGAGCUUGGACCUUAAUGGCGGGCUUCUCCUUAGCCUUUGGGGCUAUGUUCAGCAAAACCUGGCGUGUCCACUCAAUAUUUACGGACGUGAAGCUGAACAAGAAGGUGAUCAAAGAUUACCAACUGUUUAUGGUGGUCGGAGUGUUGCUCUUUAUAGAUUUGGUGAUCAUGACCACCUGGCAGGUGGCCGACCCGUUCUACAGGGAGACAAAACAGAUGGAACCAUAUUCUGCGGAUUUUCAGAUGCAUCCAAACAACGAUGACAUCAUUAUCAUCCCCGAGAAUGAGUACUGUGCUUCAGAACGGAUGACUAUCUUCGUUGGCUCCAUCUACGCCUACAAAGGGUUGCUCAUGAUUUUCGGAGCCUUUUUGGCCUGGGAAACACGCCACGUUUCGAUUCCAGCCUUGAACGACAGCAGACACGUUGGGCUGUCAGUUUACAACGUCGCCAUCAUGUGUAUUUGUGGCGCAGCCGUUGCUUUGGUCCUCGUCGACCACCAGGACGCAAUGUUCCUCAUCAUCGGCGUCUUCGUCUUGUUCUGCACCACGGCAACACUGUGGCUAGUGUUCGUGCCGAAGAUGCUGGAACUGCGUAGAAAUCCCGGUGGAUCUAUUGACAAAAGAAUUAGAGCAACUCUAAGGCCUAUGUCAAAGACCAGGCGGGAUUCGAGCGUGUCCGAGCUAGAAACCAAACUGAAGGAUGUCAAAAUGCUGAAUUCCAAGUACCGGAAGACGCUGUUAGAUAAGGAGUCGGAACUGCAGAUGUUGAUUCGGAGGUUGGGCAGCGAAGCCAGGGACAUACUGGACUCACGUACUGACUCAAUGAGCGACACCAACAGGUUAUCGGUACCACUAUUGAGGCGUGAAGCUCCAAGUGCCACUGAAACUAGUGACAUCACAUCCUUGUGCAGCCUUAGCUCCCAAGAUUUCCAUUCGUUGCACCACAGUGACAGCCAAAAGAAAAAGAAGCCUCCUCCAAACGAGUCCCCGAAGAACACGGCGAAGCCAGAGAACGCCGAGGCAGCAAAGAAACAGGUGAACGGUACUGUCACUCAACAGAACAACAUAAACCUGGACUCGAACUGCAACAGCGUCAAAGAAAUCAUCAACCAGGACAAGGAAGAGAAGGAACCGAAGAAAGAGGAGCCUCCAACACCCAAAAAACCACCACCAGAAGAGAAGGAACGUAAAAAGACUCCGAUACACGAGAGGAGGGCCAGCAGAGUGACGGAGGCGGAGCCCAUAAGUGCCGACAAGAGGAGGAUGAGCGUCAAGAACGACGUGGAAGACGACAGCUGCCACAGGCGGGUGAGCAUAACCAGCAACAGGACGACGCCCAAGAAAAAGCCGGAGUGUGGCACGCACGUAGUGGCCAAAAGUGAACUGUGGGACACCGGAAGCCAGCACCGAUGUCCCAAGAGCCACCAGAAGAGCAAUAGAGUUAGCAUAUCGCAGGAAGAAGACGAUGGCCACAUACACAGAUCGGUGUCGGAGAGGAACCGCCACUCGUCCCAGAAGGAGAAACGAGAAAAAUCCCCGGUGGCCAAGAAGGAGAUGCCCGCCACCAACAUAUGCAACCAACAGUGCAACAAGCUGGGCUACUUCCAGAGCACGCCGAACGUGGCGGCGCUGAAGACCACCAGCGCACCGCCCAAACGGGACAAGUCGAUGUACAACGCCACCUCCGAGAGCGAACUGCUGGACCGCGAGAUCCUGCCCAUAUUCCAGAAGCUGCUGACCGAAAGGAACAAGAGCCAGCACAACAUCGACUACUCGUUCGGCCGAUCGUGUCCGAACAUCUCGAUCAAGUGCGACAUCGUCGAGUACUUGUAAACUGGUGAUUAGCGGUGUCCAAUUAAUGCCAGACCGGGACCGUUCCGAGGACGGCCGCCGCUGCGGGACGCACGGCCAACCCGCACAGUCUGUAGCCCGGAUAGCUGAUCAAACGCCUCCAGCUAUGGUCCGAACGACGGCCCCCCGCGCGGGGGCGGACCGACCGAAGUCGAGGGGGGGGCGGGCACCCACCCCCCAACAAAAAAACACAUAAAAUCAACGGCCGUGAGCCGUGAACGUGAUGAAUGUUGUCUUCAUGACCCCAGAUCAGACUCUUUGUUAGUGCAUAGACCGUAUUGAAUUGAACACUCCGGUACUUCACCGAGUGGUACCAGUUCGGGUCGCCGUAUCGGAGGCCGGGACGAGUAUCUUUCGGCGAUCAACACUCGCCUCUCUGUCCCUGUUUUUAUACUAAGUGUUUGUUUACAGUUUUAACGAAAUGCGGUCGUACCAAAAAAUGCUGAUUGCUGUUUUUGCUUCGGCGUUUCUUUGUGCGGUUACAUUUUAUUGUUGUGUAAAUGCUUACUUGUUUUCCAAAUGCAAAAGCUGAUUGUACAGUUAUGAAUUCAUCAACACCUCAAUUGACAGUUUUAAAAAGUAUAUUUGUUGAUGAAUUGAGCUUCAAAAUCGAAUUGGGCAGACAUUUUAACCAAAACAAGAAGACUUGAUGUCAGUUCUACAGUUAAUCUGUGAAUAUGCCAAAUAAUUUUAAGAAAAGAAAGAAAAUCUAAAAAAAAUUCACUUUCAUUAUUAUUUAGAUAGUACCGUUUAAUUCUCUAUUUCUAUACAUAACAUUAAUUCAAAUCUUUUAAUAUCAUAGAAACAAUUGUGAGAACUGUAAGUAAAACCAAAACAUUAUAUUUGGUCAUAAAGAGUACUACAUCACUUUGAAAGUACCAUUUAUGAAUAAGUGUAAUAUGAAUCACAUUAAUCUCUUUCCUUUUGUAUUAUUACAAUUACUUAGAAGCUUCUCUAACUCCCCUUUAACUCUUUCUUGGUAGUACCGUUAAAUAUCAAAGGUUCUUCCUAAUAGAACAUGGAACGUAUAUUCAUGUGAACAACUUGCAGGAUCUUGUAACACCUGUAAGUGCUAUUAGAAUUGGUACCCACUCUAUUUCCAUCUAUAUUAGUUAAAAAAAGCAUGACUCAAAUAAUCAAAUAGAAAAGAUUCUUCUGGAGUGUUAAAAACUUGCAGGAUGUUCCUGUAGGUAAUGUUAGUAUUGGAACUCACUCUUGCAACGAACCAUUCAUUGCUUUAUAACAACUUAAAAGCUUCAUCAAUGUGGAGUACCUUUCUUAACAAUCUUUUAGGCUUUAUGUUUUGGAUCAAUGUUUAUGCAAAGACCGUUCAAUAUUUUGAUUGCAUCUUCCAAUAGCUUAAAACUGGAAGUUUUUGCAGCGGUUAAGAUUGUAUAAUCCAAAGAUGGGCGGUGCAGAUGCGCAGCUGUUUGAGGUACCACCACCAGGUUUUCCGGCGCUUCACGCAAUAGGCGCUUGUUCCUUUUUGAUUUUCGUUUAACAUGUGUUUUCGCAGCUUUGGCGGAUAAACCAGGUACUAGUCGAAGGUUCCAUGGCACGUCCCGAGUUGGUUGGUUUAGGGCGAUUAGAAAGCAUGGUGGUUUUUCGGAGGAGGGCUCAAAUAGAUCAGUGGCGAAUGGUCGGAAAGUAGUACCUAGCUUCCUGUGUUCGCACUUGAAGUGAAAGACGUACGAACAAUUUGUACGUAAGCGGUCAAUUCUAACCGCGUCCUGACCUAGACCUUUGGAAUGCCCUUGUUUGGUCGCCUCCGCCAUCCGACUCUUGUCAGGUGUAUGGAACUUAAGACCCCUCAACAGCUUCAUCAGCACACAAGGAUAAGCCUGCAACUUUUCUGCGAAUUAUAUGUUAGCUGCCCCAUGUUUAAUUCGCAGCUUCAGGCGGGCAAACCAAGUGUCAGAUGCGAGUACCGAGGCACGUCUUGAAUCGGUUUGGGGCGAUUGCAGAGGAUCACGGUUCUCGAGUUAAGGGCUCAGGUGAUAUCGGAUGAAUAGUCGGUAGUAGCUUCAUGUAUACCGGAGCUUCGUUUGAUAUUACAUUGAGAAGCGUGAUUCUUGUCCGUCGUUCCCGACUUCCGACUCUUGCCAAGUGUUCGGUACUUCAAUUUUUUACCAGCUUCAACCAUCUGCCUUCGGCUCCAUCUCCCAAUAGCUUCGGAAUAACUUCAACGUCGGGAGUUUCAGCAGUAGUUAAGAUUGUAUAAUCCAAACGUGGGCACAAAAAAUGCCCAGUGAAAGGUUAUUGCUCUUCCGAUGUUACACUGCUCCCAACUCCUCCCGUUCGAAGGACCUACCAACAAACACCACCACCACCAUCACGUUUGCCGACACCCAGCCGCUAGUACGAGUUGGCACAAGUUAACUAACUUAACUUCCUCUCCGGACGCGGCUUCCGACACGUCGGGCAAACAAGAGCCGCUCCAAAUUCCGGCGGCACAUCUUGACUCGGAAGUUCCGACCGAUUGCAAAGGGCUGCGAUUUUCGGUUAUUUAAUUUGGGGGGAUCGGAGCCCUUUAGACGCCUCGCUUCGAACUUCCGUUUUUGUCGGCCGUCAUAUAGGCCCCUUACGAAAUGCAGUCAAGUGCCCGGGACUUGGAGGAUCCUCUCUCAAACUUACACGUUACGUUCCAUAAGAGCUUCAACAGUCUACAAAUCUGGCUGGACUAAAAAUUGAACGGUCUUUGAUGAACUUUUAUCUUGAAGGGUUGUUUUAGAUUUUUCCAGUUUGGUAACACGGACUAUUUACGCUAGUAUGUCGCCACCCUUUUGGUCUUUAAGACCAAAAGGUUUUUGCACACUUCCAUGUGUUGUGGGAGUUGUGUUCGUAUUAAACGUAAUAAGUCUGUUACUUGAAAGUUGAUUAAUUGUAAAUAAUCUAAAUUACAUUGCGAUUGUUUAAAGGCCCUUAUUGGAAGCAAGUGGUACAAAAGUACUUCAACGAACAAAGUUCUAAUGAGGUCUAGCCAUGCAGCUUCAGAACUUUAAGGCACCAUUAACUUAAUUUGGAACUUUAUAGGUGAUGACAAUAAUCAAUGGAUCACAGUUUACACAAAGGUCUAAUCAGUAGUCGACUCCAUCCUCCAAUAGCUUCGGAAUAACUUCAAAGCCGGAAGUUUCAGCAGUAUUUAAGAUUGAUUGUCACUGCCUCAACUUCUGCCCUUUGAGGGACCCACCAACAAACACCACCACCAAGUUUGCCGACAGUCAGCUGCUAGUACGAGUUAAGAUAGGUUAAAUUACCAAUUUAACUUCUCCGAACGCAGCUUCCGACACGUCCAGCAAACCAGAGCCUCUCCAACUUCCGGCGGCACAUCUUGGCUCGGAAGUUAGAAGCGAUUGUGGAGGUUUGCGAUUCCUUACUGGGUUGGGGAAACGCAAUCCUUUGGCCUUGCUUCUGACAUUCGUUUUUGUCGGCCGUCAUAUAGGCCCUUUACGAAAUGCAGUUAAGUGCCCGGAACUUGAGGACUCCUCGCUCAAAGCUACACUUUAUGUUUAUCUAGAACUUCAACAUUCAACAACGAUAAAUCUUUGAUGAACUUUAACUGUAUAUAAUUAAACCUUUAAAUUACAACACGCAGCUUCAGAACUUUAAGGUACCCUUAAGUCUUCAAAACUUCCACACUUUGCUGAGGGAAUUUGCUCGUAGACUUCAAAGUUCCAAAGGUUCUUGCGAUGGGCUUAAUGAUCUUAACCACCUAUGGAGCAGUGGAAGGUUGCUUUCAAUUUAAUUGAUGUGUUUCAUCACAUUCAACCUGUGGAGGUCAAUUAAAUUGCAUUGCUUUGUCUCCAUAUCUUCCACUCCAUUUAGAAAGGACAUAGACCUGUUGCUUUUAACUUUAUAUACCUUGCCAUUAAUCUACUGUUGAACUUAACACCAACGGAAGGUUGCUUUAAAUUUAAUUGAUGUUUCAUCUCAUACAACCAGCUGUGUCAAUUAAAUACUAUUGCUUUGUCUUCUGAAUUUCCAUCCAGUUUGGCAAGGGUAGAGAACGGGAGCUUGCAGCAAAAUUUACCUUAGCAUUAACCAAAAUAAAAAUUUACUGAGGGUCUCGUGAUCUUCAAAGUUCCAUUGAAUUAGUAAUGAUGGUUCCUCGACACCAAUGGAAGGUUACUUCAGGGCAUUAAAUUGCUACUUCUAGUGGUGUUAAUUAAAUGCAAGAUAAUCUUCAGAUAAUGAGUUUCAGUUUUGUUUAAUUCCAUCACAAACAAUUUGAGUCAUGUCACAACACCUUUCGUGUCACUUAAGUUGCAUUGCUUUGUCUGAAGGUGAGUGGAAAGGCCAUUCAUAGUUUCCAUUCCCUUCAGCAAAGUUUAUUUCCAUUCUUUAGCGAAUAACUUUUGUUGAUAUUGCUCUUUACUUCUUGCUUGAGUCGCUUGAAGAUUAAUUAACACCAAAAACUUACUCCCAUUUAAUUAAUUCCCCCCAAAUUGAUAAACUGAAUAUUUCAGUAACACCAUCGAAAACCAAUUCGAAUUUUUGGACAAUUCAUCAACGGAUACCCACAAUUGUAUAUUUUUGUCGCAACUGCUCAGUUAGAUUAUUUAGUACCAUUUAACGUCAAUUAAUCGAUUAGAAUAAUGCACUAUAGUAAAAACUUCUAGCCUUAACUAAAUUACAAUCAAUUUUUCCGAUUGUUUUUUUGUACAUCCACGCCAAAUUAUUAAAUUAGAUUGAUAAUUUAUAACAAUUAAUGGAUCGUUAAUUAUUAACAUAAUACAAUUUUUUAUGAAACGUUAUAAAUUAUAAUAUUUGUUAUCAAUUUUUAGAGUUUUAUGCUAAGUUAACAAUUUAAAUUUAAUUGUACAUACCCCGAUUUAUAUUAAAUUAAUUAAUGAAUUGAAUAAAGUACGGACUAGUGCGUGUAUUAGAUAAUAUUACAGGUGAAAUUUAUUUAAAACAAACACUUGGUACUAUUAAGAAACGAUAUGAUCUCCCAUGGUUGUGUUUCAACUAGGUAUAUGUUGUAAGACAAUUCUAAAUUUUAGAUUUUAUGUAAAUAUCUAAUAAAAAAUAAUGAAUCGUAA